UGGAAGGAAACUCGUGAUGAUCCCUAAAACCAGCCGGUUAGACUCUCGUGUGGUGGAGCACCCGCUGAUAGUUACAACACAACCAGUAGGCGACAUAUAGUUGUUGGUCUAUGUACUUGGUGCCCUAAAUAAAUACCCGCGACCAUGACCAAGCAAGAGUUUUUUGUCGAUAUGACCUGUGAGGGCUGUUCUGGAGCAGUCACCCGUGUUCUCACAAAGCUGGGUGUGACGUUUGACAUAGAUCUGCCCAACAAGAAGGUGUUCAUCGAAUCAGACAAGGAUACAGAUGUCCUUCUGGAAACACUGAAGAAGACUGGGAAAGCUGUGAACUACAUCGGCCCCAAAUAAACCUAAAAUGUUCCCUCAAUUUUUAUGAGAACCGGUGAAAUGCCUGCUUCACAAGAUCGUCUUUUCUUUUUGUUCACCUCUGAUUGAUGUUGACACGAAGAACCAGGUGGAGAGCUUUGAUGACACGGGAAGAUGAAGGCUUGUCACAUCACAAGGGACCACUAGAAGAUCUUUCAAGAUUUCUACCUUUUUUUAAUUGGAUCAGUUGAUAAAUCAGAUGGAAAAACAUGAAUGGGCAUGUGACAGUAACAUAGUUAGUUUGUCAUGCCCUAGGGUUGUUUGUCUUGAUGUCUUAAAAUUGAUCCUCUAAAUCAGAAACAAAUUAAACGUAGUCCUCUGAAAAUGUAACGAAUACAAUGUUUACCCAAUAUAAAAUGAAUUGAGUCUA